AUGAGUGGCAUUAAAAGCGAAAGCACAAUUGGCUCUUCGUACGCGAUCAAUGCCCUUCCCGACCGUCCCCUCCCCCCGACUUCCCUGGAGGAAAAGGCCAAACAAACCCGCGCCGUGCUGUCCGCGGUGGAGCUUUUGGCGGGGGUCCACGCCCUCGGGGGGGCGAUCGCCGCGUGUGAAGUUCGACAGCUCCGCGCGGCCCUGGGCUUCGCCGCCGGGGAGACGUCAACCGCCCGGGCCGAGGCAAACGAUCCUUCCGCCCACCGCGAAAUCACCGCCGCGCUGGAAUUGGACUACGAGGCGAAUCAACAAAAGGCCGAUCGCCUUCUCGGCGCGUUAGAACACCACGCCGCGGGGGAGGGUUCCUCUUCAGGUGUGGUGAAACCUCCACCCCGGCGGACCACUUUUGGGGCCCAUUGGAGACGCCUUGGGAAUUUGGUGAUGGAGAUGUUGGUUGUUUCGACCUGCAAUUUCUUCCUGGCGGGCUCCAUCUCGCUCUUGGGGGCCGGCUUGCUUCUGUAUUGCCGAUAUACCGCGCCGCUCAUGGGGAUGUACAUCGUGUGGAUCUUUACCAAAGGCCGGCCGAAGUUUCCGGUAAAAAGAAAUAUGACCUUUGCGCGUCUGGGGAUCUGGGCGUACUAUCGCGAUUACUUCCCGACCCGAUGUGUGGUUCCGAAGGCGGUCCGCGCGGCCUUCCACCCGGAGAAGAACUACAUCUUUCUUUACCACCCCCACGGGGUGUUGAGCUUUGGCGCGCUGCUAAACUUCGCGCUGGACGUCAACCACACCUCCGAAGCCCUACCAGGGGUUCGCAUUCACCUGCAGACGCUCAAAUUUAACUUUUUUAUCCCCUUUUUUCGCCAGGUUUUGCUGCUUUUGGGCUGUGGGGACGCGAGCGCGCGCGCGAUUCGCCACACCCUGCGCGCGGGAACGGGUGAAUCGGUGUUGUUGGUCCUCGGCGGCUCGGAGGAGGCCGGGCUAUCCCGGCCUCGCACGAACGACUUGGUGUUGAAAAAGCGAAAGGGGUUUGUGAAAAUUGCCCUGCAGGAGGGCGCGGGGUUGGUGCCGGUCUACGGAUUCGGCGAAAACGACGUCUACGAGCACGCCAAACUCGCCGACCACCCCCUGGUGGUGCGGGGCGUGAGUGCGGUUAAACACCUCACCGGGAUCACCAUCCCGCUUUUGAAAGGCGCGAUGCCGGGGAUAGGGUUUAUGCCGCUGAGAAAACCUAUUAUUGUCGUGGUGGGGCAUCCGGUGGAGCUGCCGAAAAUUGAGAAUCCGACCGACGCGGAGAUCGAUUUUUGGCGCGCCCGGUAUAUCGACGCCCUGCAAACCCUCUACGAGGAGUAUCGUGGGGUGUACGACCUGGAACGCACGGGGCUGCGCAUCGUGAAGUAG